AUGAUCUUCGCCUCCCUGAUCGGUGUUCUGGGUGGUGGAUCUGGUCUUUUCAAUCUGCUGUUCCCUCAGAAGACGGUGUACGACGUGCCCUGGGAGGGCUUGUCAGAUGCCCUUGGGACGAACGUCAACGAAUUUCAGAAGAAUGUCGGAGCAGCUUUGACUGAAAUUCAGACAAACUUUGACACAUUCUAUGCGCUUACCUCAAAUGGUGGCUUCAGCCAGAGGCUCAAGACGAACUUACCAGAGGACACUGACUUCAUGUACCACAACCUCAAGAAAUGGGUUUUCAACCAGGCUUUGCAGCAAGCAGGCUACUUCGCCGUCAAGAAUCCCGGUGUCGACCCGCGGGAAAUUCCUAUUGACCCGUAUGAUUGCUCGAAGUUGGACGACAAGAUGACGUGCGGCCCAAUUUGGUUCGACGGUAAAGACUCAUACGGCCUCGCGAAAGCAAACGGUAAGUCUACAUUCGUUUGA